GCUGUUUUUUUUAUCCUAUGCCUCCUCAUCCGCUUUGACGUUUGCUUGGACUGCCCUAUUAUUUCUCAUUCUCCGUCUCUUUUUCGUUUUACAAAUAAUAGUGAUGUGUGUGUUUGUGUUAUGUCGUCUUGCGUUAGCUGUGCUGUGCUGUGUGUAGAGUACGCUUUGAAGUGAUGCUGCUCGACCAUCCGUGUAAGCUGCACGUGUGAGUAGCCGGCGCGCGUGUAGAGUAACUAGAGUACCGCAACUCUAAACCGCACCACGUAAACACGUCUCUCAGCUCCACCAAACCAUGCCCUUAUUACUACCGCCACCGUCACCGUCACUGCUACCAUGGUAUUCACCACCCGCCGCCAAACCACCGUCCUAACCGGCCACGUCGGCGCCGUCCACUGCGUAACCUACUCCUCCCUCACCGGGACCUACUGCCUCUCAGGCGGCAGCGACCGGAAGAUCCACCUAUGGAACCCAUCGACCUCCACGAAGAUACAAACGUACGCGGGCCACGGCUACGAAGUCCUCUCGCUCACCUGCUCCCCUGACAACGCGCUCUUCGCCUCCGCCGGCGGCGACAAGCUCGUCUUCCUGUGGGACGUGGCGACCGCCACCACCCUGCGCCGGCUCGAGGGGCAUUGGGCGCGGGUUAAUGCCGUUGCGUUUUCUGCUACGGGGGAUGGAGGGUUGUUAGCGAGUGGGAGUUAUGAUGCGACAGUAAAGCUGUGGGAUGUGCGGUCGCGCGACCGCCGGCCGGUGCAGAGCCUGGACGACGCGAAGGACGCGGUGACGGAUGUUGUGGUUGGGGGUGCGGAGGUAGUUGCGUCGAGCGUCGACGGAAGAGUCAGGGCGUAUGAUGUGCGCAUGGCGCGGUGUGUGGUUGAUGUGAUCUCGCCGGCGCCGGUUACGAGUCUGCGUGUCAGUAGGGAUGGAAAGGCGCUGCUGGUCGCCGCGCUGGAUGGUAGCGUGCGCUUGAUGGAUCGAACGAAUGGGGGGUUGUUGAUGCGUUAUAAGGGACAUAAGAAUGAGGCGCUCAGGGUCAGGUGUGCCUUCGCGCAGGAUGAGGAGUUUGUUGUCUGUGGGAGUGAGAGUGGGGAGCUGUGGGUGUGGGAUCUGGUAGAGGGAAGGGUUGUGCAAAGACUGCAGUGUCAUGGUGGAAAGGUCGUGUCCAGUGUUGAGUGGGCGCCUGGCACGGGGAGGAGGCAGAUGAUCACUGGAGGCGCGGAUGGGACGGUCGUGGUUUGGGGGGAGUAGGUGGGCGGAUUUUCUAUUAUGAUGGUGCGACUCGAUCGACUCGAUCAACUCGAGAUCAACUCCGAGGGGUGUAUAAAUACCCCGCCUGUGCCUCGCUGCGAAUACUCACCGAACACUUCACAACAUCAAUCGUACCUGCACAAAUCAUGGCUACCAACACCUCAUAUUUCACCACAACAUCGAUCUUGCCUG